AUGAUUCAACGAUACGCAGCGCCAAAAUCGUCCGACAUCAUCGACGGUUUCAAGGGUGAGAGCGGUGUGACAUUGGCGAGAGGUGUUCUCGGCAUUCCGGGUCCGAAGGGUGAGCCCGGCGAACGGGGUUACCAAGGCGAAAAGGGCGGCAAGGGAGACGCGGGUUCACAAGGGCCCAAGGGAGAGUCGGGGUUGCAGGGCUUGCCGGGGCUCAACGGAACCGACGGCGAUCCCGGUAUUCAAGGACCCCCAGGAUUACCGGGAAUAUCCGGACCCAAAGGUGAGAAAGGUGACUACGGUGACAUCGCCCCAGGUCUUAUGGGACCUCCGGGUCUACCCGGCCCACCGGGCUAUCCUGGAAUGAAAGGCGAAAAGGGAGAGAAAGGCGAAUCGAAGUACAAAAAGCUUAGACGAAGACAGGGAGAUGGCACGUUUGAGAUGAAUGCCGGGGAAGUGAUAAUGGGUCCGCCCGGACCUCCAGGACCCGCUGGUACUCCCGGAUUACAGGGUCCACCUGGCAUCAAGGGUGACAGAGGACACGACGGCGCCAAGGGCGAUUCUGGAGAGAAGGGUGCCAAAGGAGAUCCUGGUCCGAUGGGACUGCCCGGCCCCAUGGGACUGAGGGGAGAGUCCGGAAAGCCCGGGGAUUCCGGGAAACCUGGCGCCAUGGGACCACCAGGAUUAGACGGCAUGAAGGGUGCGCAGGGCGAGCCAGGAACGAAGGGCGAAAGAGGAGAUCCGGGAUUGCCUGGUACCGACGGGAUUCCCGGUGCGGAGGGACCGAAGGGAGAGAAAGGUGCCAAAGGCGAAUCUGGGCCGCCGGGUAAACGCGGCAGGAAGGGCGACAAGGGCAACAAGGGGGACCAGGGUGUGCCAGGAUUGGACGCGCCGUGUCCGCUGGGACCAGACGGGCUUCCUUUACCGGGUUGCGGCUGGAGACCACCGCAGCAGGAUAUUACGAGCACAUCCACGCCGGCGAUCGAGGGUCCUGAACCCGCGGAGACGGAUUACGAGGAACCGGAGGACGAGUACGAGGACUAUAAUACGGACCCGAACGGGAAUCUAGCCGAGCAAUAAUGCUCGUUUUUGUGCGCUGCCCUAAUCACUACCGACAACCAGCACCAACACCAACACCAUCACCACCACCACCACCACCACCGCCACCCUCAUCACUCGUCUCACCCCGUCCUCCCAAACUAACGUGGUCCCCGCCAAGGAAUAACAUCCUACGCCAAUGGCUGGAAGAAGAGGAGCUGGAAGAGGAGGAGAUGAAC